AUGUCAUACCGAGGAAUUAAAAAGCAGAUCAUGUUCCAUCCUCGCAGAGGUAGCGAUUUUAACGUCGUAUCGCUAGCAAAAUUACCACCAGAUAACAGUUUGUCCCAGAAGCGAAAUCGUGAAUCAAGAAGUAAGAUUCGCUCAAAAUACUAUCAGAAACGCUUGGUAUAA